AUUUUCUUCUCGGUCAAUUAAUUAUUCCAUCAAUUUACAUCUCGAUCACCCACUUGCUUCCUUUCGAUUGACAGGGAGCUUCUCAAUCCGCAGUUUAUAGGUCCCGACAUGUAACGAUUGUACGAAAGAAUAUUCAUCCUACUCCACAUGUUUUUCGCUUCCUCUUUUGGAGCAUGUAUCAAAGAUGUCAGCCAGCCCAUUCACCGUGAUCGCAUACAGAAGCAUAUGUACCAAUGAUCUGGCAAGAAUUGCCGCAUGGGAUACCCGGAUAGGUAAUGGGAAUCGGAAAGCGGGUAGUCGACAACGUCUCUGGCUGCGACAAGGCUGAAUGUGGUUGCUCAAAGGCUGCCGAGAGGGUGCAUCGUCGACCCCUUAAUCAAUCAAGACUUCAGCGCUUCGUCAAAGUUUUUCCCUACUACUAUUUUUAUGCCAAAGCUCACUUGGCUUCCCAAAAGCAUGACCCGACUUGAAGUUAUUGUACCUAUUGAUUCAUCUAGACCGGCACCAUUGAGGUACGUGCCCUUAAUAUCACGCACGGCCCAUACCGCCCAUGUGGGACAAGAUGUCCACGCGGUUUGCAAGUACUACGAGUACUAUUCACUCCGUAUUGCCGAUCAACUAUUGCCAUUAGACUUGAGAUCAAGUUCCCAAUGGCUCAACGCCGACAAGGGAGAAAAAUGCAUAUAAAGCACAAGAUGGCAGCGUUGCACGGUUCAUGGGUUCUCCCCAGCCUCUUAAUCAUAAACAAUCUGUCAAAACUUUACACCCGGACGAGUGCGCAUACUCAUCGCCAUCACCUCCACCACCAUCAUGCAUUUCCAUCUCAACAGGGCUGCUAUUCUGAUCAUUGGGGCUUCGUCCCUUGCUGUCGCGUCGCCCGUUCGAAGGCAGAAUAAUGGAACAGGAUCUUAUGAGAUCAAAUGGAAGCCUUGUUCAAACACUACCGACAUCCCAAAUCUUGAUUGUGGAACCCUCGAAGUACCCAUGGACUGGAACAAUACCGGAGGCAGCAAGAUCAAGCUUGACGUAGCCCGCCUCAGGACCAACGGCACCAACAACCUCGGCAGCAUCUUUUUUAACCCCGGAGGUCCAGGAGGGCCGGCUCGCGAUACGUGUGCAGGCCUAUCCCAGGACCCGGGCGACUUCAGCGAGCUCUUGGAUCACUACGAUCUAAUCUGCCCUGACCCUCGAGGCGUCGGGCCCAGCACGCAAGUCGUGUGCGACGACGAUCUCUGGGCGUCGACCCCUUCCUACUUCGUCGACGACGAAGCCUCGUGGGAGAAGGUCCUCGAGUUCAACAAGGCCCUGGGAGAAUCCUGCCUCAAUCUGACCGGACCGCACAUGGGAUUCUUGGACACCGCGUCCGCGGCCAAGGACCUCGACGCGUUACGCAUCGCCGUCGGCGACGACAAAUUCAACUACCUCGGUUUCUCCUACGGGACGCAGCUGGGAGCACGCUACGCCGAGCUCUUCCCCGACCACAUCGGCCGUAUGGUUCUCGACGGCGGCGUCGACCCUUCUCUGUCCGAGUACGAAAGCUACGUCCAAGGCAACUGGGCCAUGAACGACGAACUCGUGCGGUUCUUUGAGUGGUGCGACUACAACUCUUCCUGCGCACUGCACAACAGUAACAGCAGCGACAGCACUGGCAACUCAUCCACGGCCGCCAUUUGGGACACCCUGAUCGCUCGGGCCAACGAAACUCCGAUCCCUGCCCCGGGAUGUGCCGCAAACGCCACCGGAGGGCUCGCGGGGACCUGCAAAGUGAACGCCACGGGCUACGACAUCAUCUUCAAGCUGGAGAACAUCUUCCAGCGGUACGCCAACUGGCCGGCGCUGUCGCAGGCGAUGAAACAGGCCACCGAGGGCAACGCGACCCUCCUUUCCGUGGACUUUGACCCCCUGGCCUACGCCAACCUGGCCAUCGGGUGUCUGGACAACCCGACCGAGUCGACCACCUACGACGAGCACGUCACCCUGCAGAACCUGGGCAAGGCCAUGUUCCCCCACGCCCUGGGCAGUAGCAUGCAGCUGCAGUUUGCGACCACGUGCAUCGGGUGGCCCUUCAAGCCCAGGAACCCGCCCCACAUGUUCAACUCGACCGCCGGGGAUGGCCUGUCCCCGAUCCUCAUCGUCAACGCCGACCACGACCCGGCCACGGGCAUCUCCGAGGCCGUGGGCUUGCACAGGCAGAUCCCCAAUUCGAUCUUCCUCUCUCGCACCGGAGACGGACACACGAGUUACGGCGCCGACGAAACCCUCCGUGACGCCAUGAACGCCUGGUUGAUCAACGGGACCAUGCCGGCCCAGAACACGGUGGUCGUGGAGGACCUGGAUUGGGUUCCGACGUAAAGAAAAGAGUGAUUUGAUUAUCCGUGGGAUGUCGUGUCAAACACCCCGAGGUCGGAUAUAUAAUUAUAUUUACAAUUGUGACAUGGUGAGAUAUUCAAAAUGUUAGUUACAAUACUUCUCCCUCGUCAUUUAUCAUUGUCGACAGCAAAGGACUCUGAUGGCCCUGAGUUACGAGUAAAUAGGGGCGUCCUCGACGUCACGUGCGAGGCUGUGUUCUGUAAGGGACUGAGUAUCGCAUAUAUCCUGAUCGUGACACACUUACGACGAUGCUGUUGAAAAUUCAGGUGUGGACUUUGCCUGUUUUGAAGGAAGAAGAUAAUGAUUGUUUAUCAAUACAAUUAAUGCCUCUUGAAAGGCUCCAAAAAAA